AAUGAUAUGAAAUGCCAGCUCAUCGAGAGAGUGAAAAACAGCCGGUUUUCUUUGCAGUUAGACGAGUCUACUGACUUGACUAAUGUAGGCCUAGCCCAUUUAAUGGUUUUCAUUCGCUACAGUCAUGACGGGAAACUGCAUGAGGACAUGCUGUGCUGCUCUCCGAUGGAAGGAAGAUGUACUGGCCUGGAUUGGGAUAAAUGCAUAAGCAUAUGCACUGACGGUGCCGGGGCUAUGAUGGGAAAACACAAAGGGCUGAAAGCCAAGGUCCUUAGCGUUGCACCACAUGUCAAGUUCACACACUGCAUUAUCCAUAGGGAGGCCCUGGCAUCCAAGACACUUGAACCCGAGCUUAACAAUGUUCUUCAAACAGCAAUCCAAAUAGUGAAUUCGAUCAAAUCGCGCCCUUUAAAUUCACGACUCUUCGCCCUUCUCUGCCAGGAAAUGGGGUCUGCACAUGAAUCCCUUCUUUUUCAUUCAGAGGUAAGGUGGCUUUCACGGGGCAAAGUUCUUACACGCCUGUUCGAGUUGCGAAGC